AACGCACACUCUUUAGGUAGGCCUACUAGCAGGGGUAUACCGUCAGGCCCCGGGUAUUCUGGCUACUUAAGAUCGUCAACCUUCUGUAUAUACUUCAUAGCUCAAACGUCGGAAAUGGAACAGGCUAUAUGCAAAAAGAAGAGUCGAGGGAUCCUUGAAGAAAAUAUCUGGCUGUUGAAAUACUUCUAGCCAGGAGCUUGUUUGAUGGAUUUGCAAUAGGGUUACAGUCUCAUCUGUUUUGAUGACAAGGACGACAAUCGUUGAAACCCGGCAGUUUCAUAUUUAGAAAUCUGCGUAAUUCACCGUGUCACAAAUGAUAAAUGGAUGAUCCUGCUAAUGAUUGGAAAGAGAGGACUGGAAAAUAGAGACAAAACAAUUGCUAUCACAUGUAGUAGGUCUAUGUGUUAACUAACGCCUAACCAGAAAACACAAGGGUAAGAAGAUAGUCUUAUUUUUCUUAGCAACUUCAUGAGUACGCUUCAAGACCAUUGGAAGUUUUUCACAGGUAUAUGGACACCUGUAUAGUCGGAUUGCUUAAACUUAUAGCCAGCAAGAAAUUCAGAAUACUGUAGUGAAAGAAGUAAGCCUUGAGGUUCCUUUUACAUAUGUUCUCUAAAUUUGGAUCAAUAUUAUAACCAACAUCUUUUACAUCGAUUACUUUUCAUAAAAAAGCAUUAAAGUUGAUCCUCAACCGAAGAUUUAGGUAUGUCUGUUAUUGAGGAAGGAGGCGUAUAUGAUUAUGAGUGGGUGAAGGCUAACUUCAACGGCACGAUAUAUUUUCAGGAAGUUACGAACUACUGGAGACUUAUCACCACGACUUGUGUUGGCACAAUUGCUACCGUUGCGAACCUUCUGUUGUUGUUCAUCAUUGUGUUCAUAGUGGAUAUCCGAAAGAAGCCAUCCAUGGUACUGGUCGCAAACAUUACAAUUGCAGACUUGCUCAUGGUCCUUUGUAGAUCUGUUUACAUUGUGCUCUUCUACACGAACGUUGGACAGACUCGAGACCAUACAGAAUUCUUUUGUAAAUUCAGUAGUGGGACUUAUAUAUUAGCGCUUACUUGUUCAAGCUAUACCCUUGCGUCCCUUGCUGUUACGCGUUACCAGGGAAUUGUCCGACCGUUUGGCAAACUCUCCCGACGCCCACAAACAUUCAGACACAUUGUAAUCACGUCUGGUGUCAUUUGGAUUUUCUCGAUAUUACUGAGCAUACCGCAGUAUAUUUUGGCGAAGAACAACGAAGAUAUUGAAUCAGACACGCACCAAUGCCAAUAUUUACCGCAUUAUACAGCCGUUGCGAUAUCGCACGAAAUUCUGUUUAUAGUACUAGCGUACCUUGUACCAUUGACAAUAAUCGGGUUCUGCUACGGCAGCAUGUCGCAUUAUUUACGCAAAGCGUCACGGGAAUUAUGUGAGAUGGACAAACACUCCACAAACGUUACUACAAUCAUCACGAGGCGAUGUCGUCUAGCAAAGUCAUUUAUCUGCAUUGCAGUAGUUUUCGGUUUUAUGUACUUACCGAGCAUGAUUUACCGUAUCCUCGUGCAGUUUGAGGUCGUCACACAGAAUACUGCACUAUACUUUAACGGAAUUGCAAAUAUUAUGUGCUACACAAAUACAUGCGUUAAUCCCGCAAUGUUUUGCUUUUUCACCAAGAAAAUCAGGCAGGGAUUUAUUGACAUAUUUUUCUGUCGAUGGGGGAAAAUAAAAUUAUCCAGAAUCAAUUCUACAACUUCUAGAACCACAAAUAGAACGUAACGGAAAGUCUGUCAUAGAUUUCAGGGAGUAGAAUAGUUUUGUAAGGCGAGUGGUUGGAACAGUGGCUGUGGUUUGGGUCAUCAUUCUCUAGAUGAGCAGAACCAUCGGUUCGAAUCCCACGCGGUUAAUAUUGCUUUUUCUGGGUUUUGUCUUAAAUACUUCAACUAUUGGGUGUGCACGUUGUAAGUAGGAAGCGAUUGAACAUACGAGUUUUGGGUUGGUAAAGGCGCCACUCAACAGUAUUUUAUACAGUACCGUACCUUCCAAUUGACUGCACAUAUUAUCCUGAAUUUGUGAGAGUUGAAAAUCAGAAUGCCAACGUUAUACUUUACAAUAAUUUACCGACUUGUCUCCGCAUAUUUUGAAGUUUGCAUGCGUAAUUAUGCACAGAUAAAUGUUUUUACGCCAUGCUCAUAAAGACAUGAAACCAACUGAUUCGGCGUGCCAAUGAAAGCGUAAAAAAGUUAGCUAAUUUGCAUGCGGCAUGUACGUCAUACGUUGCUAUUUCGAAAAUUUCCUAUUGAUGAUCCGUACCUGCAUCUGUCGGCUUCUACAAUCGCCUAUGGUAGCUGUCAUGUCAUGUUGAUAGAUGGACUUUCACCUUUAAUUUCCCUUAAAUCUAUAAUACUAUAAUACGAUUCCGAAUACAAUAACGUUCAUGGGUCAUUCUUUCAGAGAACGUGAUACAAUGAGCUUAAAUUUAGUCCCACGCUUGGUGAUUUUGAUGAGCCCGCAUCAAUCAUCAUAGGCCUCGAUUGACGGGCUACCGAUUAUUAUUCUAUAAAAUUUAGUGCACAUAUCCAGAAAACUGCUAAAGGCGCUUUUUCCCCUGUCAUUGGAUGCAGAUCAUACACAAUGUGGAACAUUCUCCACUCUCCGGAGAGUACUGUACGGUAUUCCAAGUUGCGGGUAUAAUCAACAUUCCCGAAUCAUUGUUUUUUACUGCUGAUUGAAGAGAGGCAAAUGCAGAUAAAGUACAAACAAUUACGACUGAGCAUCGGUCUCGAACCACCGACCUUCCAAUUGAAAGUCAAAAGCACUUACUCAGACCAACGGUCGUCGACAACACGAUUCUUUGAAGAACGCAAGGCCACGACGUACGCGCAACGGAUUGUUUUUAAUGACGAAAAGUUUUAGACUGCUACCGACAAUUAACAGACGGCGUGGCGUCGUCGUACCACGCAGUGAGUUCCCGGCUUUACACGCUGCACCACUCGCUAACCCACUCGUGCACACGUAAUCGACAUAAUGUCAUAUGACAAUAAUGAAACUACACAAUAAGUGCAGCGAUAGAGAAUGAUGAGCCAUGUCCAUACAUUAAUGUAUCGAUAAAAUACGAUGAUUUAUCCAAAACUCGCCUAUUCCUUUCAGAUGUACAAUUACGGGGACAAGAAAAUCACUAAUGUAGUAAAAAGAAAAACAUACUCUUUAGAAACAUUCCUUAAAUAGAGAGGACAAAACCCAGGCAAACAAACAUAUAAAAUGAUAUGAGGGAGCUUUCGAUUUGUGUGACGACGCGACGUUAGAACGGAAUCAGUCAUGCGUGACCGUCCUACCUGGCGUCCUACGUUCUCUGCAUACGUAGAUUUGGCCAAAUUGCGUUCUAGAAUAAACUCAACGAGGUGACACUAACGUUCUCACAUGCGCAGAUGAAUUUUACUGACGUCAUUACGUUCCACGUCCUACCGUCGUCGUGCAAUCGAAAGUUCCCUACUGGAAUACAACGGGAACGUGCAAGAGAUUAAAUAGAAAAAUAUUUGACACUUGAUCUGAGUUGAAAAUACGUGACCCACGUUUUCAAAAGAUGGUUGCGAAGAGCGCCCUCGUUACUACGUGAUUUUGGAUGAACAAUGGCGUUAAAAUCACAUGAAAGAGAGUGUGAGUGAGGUUAUAUGUAAAAUAGCUUAAUUUGUUUGUAAGCGAAUAUAUUAUAUUAAACCAUAGAUCGUUUGGUUCAAUCAACAAUCACUUGAGUGGCUUUUAGUGUUUAAGAUAAAGUUUGAUUGGUGAAAUGAAAAUAUAUGAAAAUUGAUCGAUUAAUUUUUUUAUUUUAAAGUUAUAGUUGAUGUAAAUUAAGAUGAGAUUUUGUAAAAUAUAUUGAUAGAUAUUUAUGUAUAUGAUGAUAUGAUGCAAAUGCAAUUUAAUUGUCUUAUAUAUUAUUAAUAAUACUAGCCAUCCUAUAAAGACAAAUUACCAUAAGGUACUGUAGACAUAUACCGCUGUCUCACUGCUUAGAUGGAUUAAUCAACUGAGGUUGGGAUAGGGUUGCUUUCACAAGUGGACGUAAGCAGAUAUCUCACCGGCUAGUUCGUUGUAGCAAUACAUCUGUAUCUGCCAAGUGCAUCUAGCCCACUACCGCUAUACUUCUAAGAAAUCAGCCCUAUCCCGAUUAGCCCCUCUUUCAUUUACAUUACAUAUAAGUAAAGUAUUUACAUUACAUAUAAGUAUUAUGGAUUUAAAGAAAAAAAUAUAAUAUAAUAAUAAUAAUAAUAAUUAUUAUUAUUAUUAUUAUUGUUAUUAUUAUUAUUAUUAUUAUUAUUAUUAUUAUUAUUAUUAUUAUUAUUAUUAUUAUUAUUAUUAUUAUUAUUAUUAUGUUGUAAUGAUGUUGUUUGUACUGUUCUUUAAUUUUAUUAAAGAGAGCCCCUGAGUAUCAGUUGACCUACUGGGUGGAAGGGUUACCCUCUUUAAAGAUGGUUGAAAUAAAAAAAAAAAACAAAAAAAAACUACCCAAGAUGGCGGCAGUUCUGAAAUUAAUUAGUGUUUUGGAUGCCUCUAUUGAAUGACAUCUUUACCUAUUGACAUUUUGUCUCUUGAUUGUUUACUGCAUUAUCUUGUAUAGCAUUGACGGUUCUACCUCUUUUAGUUUUUAUUCAAUUGUGAAAACAAUCGUUUUUAUGGUUUUUUUUAAAAGAAAUUUAUAUAGGCCCCUAUAUACAUGCUUUUAUUAUAUAACCAGAAAACAAUAAUAAAGUGUAGAGGACUCUUAAUAUUUACGUCAAUACAUUCAUACGCGCAGUACCAUAUAUAUCCGUCUAAAUACAGUGCUUAGCAAUGGGAAUGAGGACACUGUGUAUAAAAUCAAUCAAAAUAUUAGUUUUUUAUAAUAAUAAUAAUAAUAAUAAUAAUAAUAAUAAUAAUAAUAAUAAUAAUAAUAAUAAAAAUAAUAAUAAUAAUAAUAAUAAUAAUAAUAAUAAUAAUAAUAAUAAUAAUAAUAAUAAUAAUAAUACAGUGCUGUUAAAGAGAUGAGUUUUCAGAUUUAAAUGUAUUAUACGACCAUGAUGUUAUAAACCGUAUCAAACAUUACCGUAUGGUCCCCUGGGUCAAAAUUCCUAGUGAAAUCGGCCCUCAGAUGACUGAAUAUAUAAACACCCUGUUCGGAUUGGUCACUUGCUAAGUUUGACUCCAUUGGUAUGGCUGAAUUACAUCGUCAGUUAGCUGUUUCAAGUACCUUGGUAUUGAGUACGUAGGCCUAUAUGCACUUGCACUAUAGGCAUAUUGAAUACCGGUAUAAUUUUGAGAUUGGAAGUUGCAAUAAAUACCGUAAUAAUUGUAAAAUUAGGCCUACACAUUAUUUUUUCAAGGAAAGUAAGUUAUGGCCCAAGCCCAAAACGAAGUGAAGGACCCAGCGAUGUAUUCAGUUAAUGAACUCUACUACUGCCAUCCAAAUACAAGGUAUUAUAGAAAGUUAUUCCUCUGUGGGUAGACAUACCAAUUCUUAUAUCCAAAGCCUAUCAUCAUAGCAUUAAAACAUACCAUUCUUCUUUUUUUAGCUAAAGUCUAUCAUCAUAGCGUUAAGUGAGUUAAUGCGCUAAGCUACAUUUCCUACUCUUUUACUGUGGGUGUAGGUAUUGAUAAUAAAUGAGCAGAGUAAAACGAUGCAGUGCCGAUGAUCAAUAGGCGUUCUGUAAUUGACGGAUUACCGAGGCUGCUGUAAUUGACAAUGGCUUUGCUUUAGGUAAUAUGAAAUUCAUAGGAAUAAUAAUGUGAUAUUAGUAAGAAAUAUGUAUAAAGCUAUAAAGUUUAAUAAGUAGGCCCCUAUGUCACAUGAAUUAAUAAUGUGUAAACCAUUGUUCGGGAGAUUCCAGAAAUAUUAAAUGCCAUUGUAUCAAUUAAAGGGUUUUCAAAUCUUCAGGCUUGCUAAUCAAUGAGAAAUUUAAUGAAAGGCAAUUUUUAAGUGUAUACAGUGUCACAUAACUGAUAUUAAUGUUUCUCUAAAGAGUUUUAUGGCUCUGACGAUGCAGAGACCAUCUCGAAGGUUGUGUUAUGGAGUCUUGGACAUUUAUUCAAAUUUAUGUCUCAUGCUCCAAUUGUACAAGCAUGAUUAAAUUUUACCAGGCGUUUCUCGUUCGUUAGUUCGUUCGUCGUAUGAAUCACAAGAGCUACACAGUUUUUGUUUAAUGUAGCUUCCUUUUUAGCGAAUUAUAGUAGCUGUUAAUUGACUGGAACAGUCGUGGCAGAGUCACGAGCAGGCAUUUCUAAAACCUUUAGAAUGUACAGUACUCUAUAAUACUUGGCAAGUGCAUCUUAUGACUUGUAGGCCUGCAUAUUCGAGCAUUGUUAUUAAUAUGUAUCUAUAUAAUAGAUGAGUAAAGACAUUCGCUCUAAACCAUCUUGCAGUAAUGUUUUAUAUA